UAACACCUGUCAGACAAAGUAAAGGUAAAAACAGACAUUCACGUUCUGCUUAUCUCUGAUUAGUUUGCGCAGAUCUGGGCAGCUGCAGAACAGAACCAGUGACCGACGAAGAUCGGUUGAAAGUUGACCUCUGCAGGCCGGUGAUGCUGUGAAGGCGGCGCGAUGGAGACCGCAGACCAGGCCACCGAGGGCUCCCCUCUGAAGCCGGCGGGAGACGGGUCGGAGCCGGCCGCGGCUCCGGCAGAACUGCAGAAGAAGAGCUGCAAGGGGGGAUUCUCCAGGAUGAGCCACUGGAGGACGGCGGUGUUCUUCCUCUCCCUCUUCCUCUGCCUCACCGUGGUCUUCGCCUUCUCCUUCAUCAUCCCCUGCCCUGAGCGGCCGCAGUACAACCUGAACUGGAGCCGAGAUUUCUCCGACGCAGUGACCUACGACUUCCUGGCUGUUGAGCAGGCGAACAGCGACAAGGUGAUGGACGUCCUGAUCGUCAUCAGAAGCCCAGAAAGUUCUCCAAACAAGUCGUGUUCUGACGAAGGCCUGACUUCGCCGUGUCUGUUCCUGCUGGCGCUGGACGGGACCAAAGGAGAGACGCUGUGGGAGCGGCCGCUGGGGGGCGAGCUGAACUGGGCCCAGUGCGGCCUGCAGACUGGGACCAGUUCAUCCUGGCACUGCCUGCUGUCCCAUUCUGACAACCUGACCGCCGUCGACAAACACAGCGGUGCGGUGUUCUGGCAGCAGCCUCGGCCCUCGGUUCUGUCCGUCUCCCUGCCCGUCCUCAGUGUCCCGGAUCUGGACGGGGACCGGGUCGGCGACGUGGUUCUGGUCCUGCUCAAUGGCACACAGACGCAGCUGGUGCUGCUCUCCGGGCGGACGGGGGAUCGGAUGGGGUCGGAGGUCACCGUCGGCGGCGGCGCCACACGGAGCCACCUGCUGCACCGAACCAAAGGCGGAUCGUACUACGUGCUGCUGCAGAGAGCCUCCGGCGUGUUCGGGUUGCCUCUCUGGGAGAUCGCCGCCAGAGCCAAACCGGGUCUGGGUCCAGAUCUGAAGCGGGACAAACACCUGGAGAAAACGGCCAGCAACACAACGGGCCUGGUGCCCAUCUACCUAUCGGAGGCCAGACGUUUGCUGAGGACCAAAGACUGGGAUGAUUCCUCUGACCUGCUGGUUGUUUCUAGAAGAGAGGUGGCGCUAGUGGACGGACUUUCCUUGAAGCAACGAUGGAGAUUCAACAGCAGCUCCACUGGGGGUUUUCCGUCCUUCGGUCAUUUCAACAGAGACGAAGUUCUUGAUCUCGUGAUUGAAGUUGAAGAUGAUGAUGUCAGAAACUCCACUAAGGUCGCCAUCUUGGACGGAGGGACCGGCGGUCUGCUGUGGGAGGAGCAGCUGCAGCCCGGCGCCGGCCCCCCCCGACUCGACGCCGUCCACACCACCAACUCGGUGUCCGUCUUCAUGUUCUGGGGCCUGAUUGGGUCCGGGUCCAACUCAUCGGAGUCGUCUGGCGGUUCCCCGCGCUCCUACAUGCUGCACCCGCUCUACCCCAACGUCCUGCUGGAGCUCAGCCACGGCGUGGAGCGCAUCGUCGCCUUCAGAGCCACUCUGAUGGAGCGCGGUCGCCACGCCGCCUACUUCCUGCUGACGGGGCCGGAGGCGGGCGAGGCGGGGGGCACCGUGGUUCUCACCAAGCGGAAGCUGAAGCAGGACAUCCCGUUAUGCAGCGUCCGCCACAUCAGGAGCAGCCAGCAGACGCACACCGACGCCGAAGUCCGGGAAGCGUUCAACCGACUGCGCUUCAGCAGCGACUGGUGAAACAUGGCCGCCGACUGGCGAAACAUGGCCGCCAUGCUGCGACUGUUCCUCACUACAAAGCCAAAGCUCUUACUUUUUCACAAGCCAAAGAAAGUCCUUCCUGCUUUACUUUAACUGGAAAGAUUCUUCCCGACACCUGGACAGGUGAAGGUGACGUUACUAUGACGACGUAUUACGGCCAUUAGAGAUAAAAAAAAAAUCAUUACAUUUCAGAAAUUUUGAAGAAAGUACUUCAAAAUUUUAAGUACUUUUGAAAAGUUAAAAAUAUGCUCAAUCACAUGUUUUAAUUUAAAGUUACGUCUUUAAAUCUACAUUUAACAUAGAAAAAGGAACAAAUUUCUAAGGUUCAUUUCAAGAUUAACCUUAGAAAUUUUCUAGAAAGAAAGUUGGAAAUGUCUGAAUUUGACGUUUCUGGAAAAAGCUCAAAUUUUGUAGAAAGAAAACGUUGAAAUUUCUGAGUUUCAAAAGUUUAACAUUUUUCACUUUUUAAAGUCAUAAAUGUCCACUUUUUUUCUACAAAAUUUCUGAGAUUAAACUUUUUCUUUUUAGAAAAUGUUACUUUUUAAGCUAAAAUUUUCAUGUUUUUUUUUCCUAGAAAAUUUCUGAGCUUAAUCUAGAAGUUUGAGGGUUUUUUUCUAGAGAUUUCCUCAUUUUUUCUGUCCAUCCUGUCCCUGACCCAUGGCCGUACUGCCAAUCAGAACCCUUGAAAAGCUGCUGCUGGUACAGAAACCCACUGAAACUCGCCCGCUGCAUUAACUGAACCAGAUCUGAUCGAAGCUCUAUGCAUCUUUGUGUCGUUUUCUGCCUUAAAGGAAACAUUUCAGCCUUUAAACUCUUUAAUUUUUUGCGACUCAGCAGAAAACGGAGCGACUGGUUCUGAUGCAGACCAGAACCAAACCAACACUAACAAACACUUAAAUGUUGUGAAUUUGCUGUCAGUUUAGACAUAAAUGUUAUGUAUUGAAUCCAAGAUGCUGGAAGUUUUAAGAUCUGCAGGACUAGAGCUAAAACUUUAUGAAUCAUUUAUGAAAUAUUACACUGUGGUUCUUUAGAUCUGCUGUCUGGUUCCAGAAGUUUUCUUCCUCAUAAAGGGAGGAAACAGAAACACUUGGUUGUAGAUUUUCUUGCUUUAAUAGAUUGAACGUUUGGAGUUGACAUUUUAUUUGAUGAAAUGUUUGGAUUGAAUAAAUUACUUUUUUAAAUAAAGACUUUAGUUUGAAAUGUGGAA